AUGGGUACUGGUGUUACCCUCAGCUUUAGCUCUUAUGGCUGUGCUCUUCCAAGAAGGACCAAGCUUAACACGUUAGCUUGUAGAGCUAGCAACUUCGACAUGGGGCUUAAGACCAACUUCUACAAAGUACUCUCCCUGGAGUCCGAAAGCGUGGGUGCUGAAGAGAUAAAGAAGGCUUACAGAAGCAUGGCUUUGAGGUACCACCCUGACGCCUGCCCUCCUGGGAAGAAGGAGUCGUCCACGAGGAUGUUCAUCGAGCUACACCGAGCUUACGAGACACUGUCGAACCCCGCUUUGCGUAACAAGUAUGACAACGAGUUGAGAAAGAGCAAGACAAUGAAGGAGGCGCGGUUGGAGUUCUUCAGGGAGACAUGGGAGGCCCAACUCCAUGAACUGAGGAGACGGUCGGAUAAUCGGGAGAGAGCAAAGGUUGGAUCUCGAGAAGCAUGA